CAAACAUGUUUAUAAAGAGGAGCUGAAAUCAGAGAGAUCACAGCUUCAUUCACAGCAGUGAACAACAUUUACGCAGAAAAUAUUAACAUAAGAAACUAUCACUGCAUCACCAUGAUUGCAAAGAUUUGUGUCGUCCUUCUUCUGUUUGUUGCCUCUGGCAACGCACAGACCACAACCAGAACCACCAGGGCUGCACCAACAACCAGAACCACCACGGCUGCACCAACAACCAGAACCACCAGGGCUGCACCAACAACCAGAACCACCACAGCUGCACCAACAACCAGAACCACCACGGCUGCACCAACAACCAGAACCACCACGGCUGCACCAACAACCAGAACCACCACAGCUGCACCAACAACCAGAACCACCACGGCUGCACCAACAACCAGAACCACCACAGCUGCACCAACAACCACCACGUCUGCAACAACAACCACACAAACAACAUCACCACCAACAACCACACCCUUAAUCACAACCCCACUCAUAUAUGAUGAUAUCUUCCCGGAUGGACCAACAACCACCACGUCUGCAACAACAACCACACAAACAACAUCACCACCAACAACCACACCCUUAAUCACAACCCCACUCAUAUAUGAUGAUAUCUUCCCGGAUGGACCAACAACCCCAACCAGCACAGCUGGACCAACAACCACACCCUUAAUCACAACCCCACUCAUAUAUGAUGAUAUCUUCACGGAUGGACCAACAACCCCAACCAGCACGGCUGGUUGUGAGACCAACAAGGCCAGACCAACAUGUAGUGUGGAGUGUGUUUGUAAAUGUUAAUCUCUGACAUGUCAUCACCCGUGUCUCUGAUGGAGGUGUCUAUAAUUAAUCAAACUGUCUGUGAUUGGAGGAUUCUGUAAUGUUCUGGUUCAGAGGAUUGUGAGUGAAUCUGCUUUUUGUCUGUAAUUGCAUAAAAAAGAUGAUCUACAAUAAAGGUUUACAAUAAAGGUUAUUCUUUAAAGUUU